AUGGGUUGGUUCGACGGAAGAUCCAGCGGAGUUUCGUCGACAGGAUACGUGCGGCGACGGUCCUCACCCACGCCUAGCGGCCACAGCACACACAGCAGACGCAGCAAGUCCGGCUAUUCAUCCACGCACCACUCGCGACACUCAGCACCAUCAUUUUUCGGAGGACUAGGCGGAUUAGGCGGAAGUCGAACAGGAGGUCGAUCAAGCCCAUCUGUAUUCUCGUCAUUCUCAUCGUCGCGACGGGCGCGUCCCCGCGAAGGAUUCGUUCAGCGCAUGCUCCGCGACAUCAAACGUCUUUUCCGCGAUAUCUAUCGCUGGGCCCGUCGCAACCCUAUGAAGGUCUUUAUGAUGGUGAUUGUGCCUCUUCUGACUAGCGGUGUUUUGCCGAAGCUGCUGGCUAUGAUUGGCAUUCGCUUGCCGCAUGCGAUCACCAGUGCCCUUGGUGGUGCGUCGAAGCCUAGCGGCGGUAUGGGUGGUAUGGGUGGUAUGAUGGACGGCGGUGGCAGGGGUAUGUCGGAGAACAUUAGCAGCCUCAUGAACAUUGCCAAGAUGUUUGCGUAG